AUGGAUGCAUAUUUGAAACGGCCAGAUCUAUCGAGGAACGAUGGCCAACAAAUGGAAAGUCGACAAGCUGCUGUGACCUAUCAUGGACGGCGAACCUUUCGAUCCAACCUAUCACAACCAAUCCUAACAUCAAUUGAUGAGUCAACCAACACAUCACAACAACGCCUAAAACCCGUCCUGAAUGAGCUUUGCAACCCUGCCAUAUCACCAAUAUCUCGCAAACACGAAGCCGAUACAUAUGAAUCAUCAAAGAUCAAGCGAUCCAAGCCGUCUGCUGUUUCAACGCAACAUGAAAAACCCGUGAAGACCCAACCCAGACAGUACGAACAACUUCAUCUGAAUUUGGGACAGCGUGCUCAGAGGUCAGUCAAGCGGUGCAACGAAUGUUUGAUGGAGUAUAGUGUGGGCAAGGCAGAAGACGAGGCAUUGCAUGAUCACUAUCAUCGUGCUGUUCUGGAAGGCAUCGCUUUCAAUGGAUACAAGGAAUCGCAAGUGUUGGAACGUGGCGAUGAUGGUGCGCAGAUGGUGCUAGUGUCUGCAACUGGAUCAACCAGUCAGAAGCUAUUGGAUGUGGUGGAACAGGUCAAUAAAGACCUGGGCGGCGUGCCUCUGAGUACCGAAUUUCUCGAAACCUGCAAAUGCAUAUUCUACGUUUCGUCCAAAAAACAUAUCUUGGGAUGUGUCAUCGCUGAACCAUUGAAAAAUGCCUUCCACGUCAUCCCGCAAGAUGUUGAACAUGAAAGCAAUCAAGCGACACCAGCAGCUCCCAGUGAUUCUGGCGUCAUUCGAUGCGGGUAUGUGAUAUUCUCGUUGAACAUUCUACUAGACGACACUGAUCUGAAUCAACCAAUAAACCAGGACAAAUCCAGUUGA